UAUCAGGAAGCCAAAAAAAAGCUCUGGCUCUAACUUCGAGUGAUGAAGAAACUGUUCGAACUCUGAAACCUAAUAGAAGGUAUAAUCCUUCACAAUAUGUAUUGAAUUAUAGUGAUGAAGCUAACAAUAACAACAGUGCCUAGUUUUUACCUAUUGCCCCAAUGUCACUUAACCCAAUAUCGAGACAAAUUUCCACCAUAGAGGAGAUAAGUGAAGAUACUCGGUCAUCUUCUACUGUCAACACAGAGCCCACUGUUCUUGACAUAUCAGAUUACAGGCUCAAUUAUGUUGAAUCCCCUGGGGCGAUUCCUGAAUCAGAAAUGUCUGAGAAAAGUAGGAAACAAAAUGUUGAAAACUGUCACAACUGUUGCCAUAAUUCGGAUGUAAUAAUCAAGCUCUUAACGGAGUUGACAUUGAAAGUCGAUGAACUCAAAGAAACAAUAGGAGCAAACGGCCAAAUUUCACUUAAUAGUGAGGCAGUUAACUUCAUAACGAGUAAAUUGCCUUGCAAAAAUAUAGAAGAGUUGGAAUUCAAAUAUUUUUUGAUAUAUAUCAUGACCUCCAUAGGAGGAACAACAGGAAGAGACUUCACUCAGAGAGUGUUAAAAAAAUUAUUAACUAAUGCGGUUGCAGAGCUGUGUAGUUGGAGAGGGGCCAAGCACAAUUUUGAACUUCAGAAAUUAAAGAUUUUUGAAUGUGCAUAUACUUCAGUGAUAAAACAUUUUGCAAUUACCAGAAAAGAAUUCGAAAUGCAUGUGAAAGAUUGGUUGAGGCAUGCUAGGCAGAGAAGAGAAAGGGAGCAUACGAAGAAAAAUAUUUUAACUGGACCAUCCUCCCACUCCGGAAGUGGAAUAUGACUUGAGAUUUUGUGUGAUUUUUUCGUUUUGUUUUGUUUUUAU